UCUCGACUUCGAGAUGUUCCUAGGUACUAGGUCAUCAAUUGAAAGGCGAAGUUGUCGAACAAGUCAAGGCUCUCCGCCGCAGGCCAAUUAUUGAAUUAGCCACAUGAUCAAGAACCUUUUUAUGUACAUAACAAGCUGUACAUGCACAUAGCCGCUCGACCUUUUUCAAACUCGGAACCACUAUAUUCUAGAUCUCCUACGCUUUUAGGUUUGCUCAGGAGAGGCUAGCGCUCAACCUGAACACCAAACGACGACGGCAAAACAUGUCAAACACGGGGCUAAUUCAAAAGCUCUUAAGACGUCUAUGGCAAGUCUGGGCGGCGCUCGCACAUUCAUCUGCCCAGCGACUGUGUAUCCUUGUGUCUCGCUUGUGGCGCUGUGUCGCGAAGAUUCAUGCUGUGCCGCGGCUAGCGGUGCACAAUGUCCACAGGUUACCUUGCCAUUGCCGCUUCACCACCAAAUAACUCUAACUGAUACAACAAGCGGCACUGAAGAUGCGAUGUCGUCUUCAACAAUUCCAUACGCCAUGCCUAAUCCAUACAUUCCCGAGCAAUUUAUCCCGCAUUGCACGUAUCCGCCCCCAGAAGCUAGUAGUGUGAUUUCUUCCAAUGCUCCCGGUACCACUCCCCGUUUUGUACCAUUUGCUGCGAAUGAUGUUUUGCGAUAUGAUAAUCGUCCUCUUGUAGAAAAAACUCGUGAGCGCAAUUACAUUCCAGCAUUCAUGAGGCACUUCACAAACGAAUCAUGUCCAUGGUUAAACGGUGAUUGGACUUCUUGUGUACAUCCCGAAGGCGCGCUGUAUCUCUAUAAUAUGAGUCGAAAAACGUUCACUGAGGCCAUCAUGGAUGAAACUACGUUUCACCUGCUUGCCAAAUGCGUGGAUGGACUAUACGACAUGGCGCGCGCGAACUCGGCGUGUCUUGAAGCCUGUGAUGUUGAGCUCGUUGUGCAGUUAUGGCCAACUGAAGGCGAAAUGACUUGUCAAUAUUACUUCGUCGACCACAAAUCUCGAAUUCUCUUUUGGCUGGAAGAUAACCAUGAAGCGACGACGAACAUCUUUAGCGGGCUCCGGGGUGUCUAUGAUCCGAGUCAUAUUCGACUUGCCUUAGAGUCCGAGUACUGGACGCAUUGCGAACGCUACCCAAACCACCAAACGGAUCGAGUCAAGCUUCUCAAGGAACUGAGGGAGGUCGUCAUGCAUGCGAGUGCAGAGAUUAUCACUUCAGACAUGUCCUUGUCACCUUUUGAUGCCGAUGAACUCUCUAAAAUCUUAGAGCUGAUUAACCACCUCCGAGAGAACGCUGAGGAAAACGAUUGUCCUCAUUCCACUUGUAUCAUUGCUAGAUUCAUGCAUUAUUUUUACAGAGCCAAAUUUUUUAACUUCUGCGGCCUACCCUGUGCUCGACUCGACGCUGACAAAUCCGUCUAUGAGGAGGACACUGGCUUUCAUCCACUGAUCGGCCCUCUUUCUCUGGUUUUCGAAGCCAUGCUUUUUUGGGCACCGCAAGCGCACUUGAAGGAUCUUCGAAGGGUAUGGGUAGAUGAGUGUAUCAACACGCCGCGGUGGAAAGACUUCAACACAAAACUCAUGACGGAGUGGACUGGGAUCACCAUAUACUCAACCGUCAUGUUAGCCGUAGAUGUUAGUUUCCUCGCAGUGCCGAACAUGAACAUCAGCCAGUCACAGUCGACUGGAAUCAUUGCUACCUAUCUCUCGAUUAUCUUCAUCACCGGCUCCUUGAUUGUAUCGGUCCUUCUGGCGCGUCAGAACCAGAGAUACGGUUUUGAAUCAGCUGAUAAAGCGGCUGAGUUUCUGUCAAGUCUGACAGGCACGUUUGUUGGGGUGAAAGCCCUCGCCACCAUUCACAGUCUGCCAUAUGCAAUGCUUAUGUGGGGGUGCGUUGAUCAACAUUAUCUAACCGGGAUGAUUGAUUGAUGUGCCCUUCACCAGGAUGAUCUACUUCGCAAUCGGCCUUCUGUUCAACGUGUUAAAAUUUACGACGACGGCCAUGCUGGCAUCAGUCGUCAGCGGGUUCGUUGUCGUUAUCAUGUUCAUAUCGUGGUUCAUUUGGGCAGCGAGAGAUGUUCAUAUUUUCAAACGACUGACCAAGUUCGUUCUUUCUGUCGCUCGCAGGAGAUAGUAUUCAACUUUAGCUCUUCGGGUAUUUGUAUUAUGUCGACCAUGCAGUGGACAAUUACCAACCGAGUCCAAACUGAGUGUUCAGUAAAAGCACAUAAUGCG